AUGGCGGCAGAGAAGCUGAGGGAUUUGAGCCAGCCGAUCGACGUACCGCUCCUCGACGCCACUGUCUCGGCCUUUUACGGGACGGGGUCGAAGGAGGAGGUGAGUUGGCGAGCUUCUCGGUUUCCGGUUGAUGUUUGCGUGAGGGGAGGGGGUUGUGUUUGAGUGGGACGGUGAAAAGUUUUCAUUGCGGGAUUUUCUUUCUUGACUCGGAUAUUUUCUAUUCCUUGGAUCAUACCUGCGGGUCUUUACGUCGUCCUUGAGGAGGACAUCGGGAUUUCUCUUCAUUAAUCUGCUUUUUCUAGGUGCCGGUUCUUUUAGGUUGUCGUGCAAUGUACGAAGCAGGGAAAAAAAAGGGUUUUGUCAUUUUGUUGGUCAUAUUGUUUGCCAUCGAUUAUGAUGUUACAGAUUGCUGGCAUAGGCACUAUUCGAUCGACUCGUGUUACACAACUGUACUACUGUGAAAUUCCUGGUAGCAGCUAAGUUUAGAAUGGUCUCUGCUGGACUGGGUGUCUGUGUUUUACAGCUUGAUCUUUGUUUAUUUGGGGGCUUUGCAUUGUCGAUUUAUAUUUUCUCUGAUAAACCACUACUUUAAAUUGCAGAGAAGUGCGGCUGAUCAGAUACUUAGAGAACUACAGAAUAACCCAGAUACAUGGCUGCAAGUGGUCCACAUUUUGCAGAACUCGCAGAACUUGAAUACCAAGUUCUUUGCACUUCAGGUGACUUCGUCUCAAUAUAAAAAUAACACGAAUUUUGCAUAAUGCAGUCAUCCUGGCUGUUGUUUUCUAUGAUUAUAUGGUGGUGACUGUGUUUUGCAUUUUUGACAUGUAACAUUCUAAUAGGAUCACAGUCAAUUUGCAGCUACUGUUUCCACAUUCAUGGCAAAUGGUGUGGUUUACAUGGAAAUUCCUUUCGUGAUAUUGGGGUGUCCAAACCCAAAUAAUUAAGACUAACUACCGAUAAUAUUUACUGUGGAUACGAACUAAGGUUUUCGAUGUAGGAUAUACAUUUGAUUACGUGCAUCUUAACAUUUUCAUAGGGAAGAACAUUAGCUCUUUCUGUUUUUCAGUAGAUAGUGACAGAACUAAAUCGUGCUAAACAAGGUAAAUAUGUUAAGAAGAAUUUACAGGGAUAUUAUUAACUGAAAUGGUACUUCUUCUCCCCAAUGAAGCUGCAUGGUCUUCCUAGGGAGGAAAUAUUUAGCUGUGGCCUUGAGAAUGCUUGUCCUUCACUUGCCAGGCAUCUUUUACAUAACUGUUCUAGAGGGUACUCAUCUCAUCAAUGUUUGGGGAAACUGUACCUCGAGGAUAAAAACUGGACCAUUUAAGUGUUUGGUUGGUGGAGAAGAAGGGCACUCUUGGACUAUUUGUGAUGCGGAGCAAAAAAGAUCACAUAUGUCUACUGAUGAUAUUAUUGUUGUGAGGUGAUUGACUGAAGGGGUGACUUUUGAGUUACACAAGGGUUGAGUUCGUGGAUCAUAUCUCCUGGUUGUGGGCUGAGCCUAACCUGGAGAUUGAAGAUAGCGUUCUCCUUUAAAAAUGUGGAUGAUAUGGAUUCUCAUUCAUAGACAAGUUGUUUCCUUCACUUUUCAAGGGAGCAGAGGAUGCUCAUGCUGAUUUUCGACUGUGGAGACCUGAGGAGAAUUGGUGCGUAAGAUUCGGAAGGACCUCUUGGGAAGGGUAUGCAUUUCUGUAUUCAGGUGUAUGCAUAUGCAAAUGAGAUUGCAGUGGGAAGUGAAGUAUACCGGUUUGUGGCAAGUGGUGAAUGCAAGCAUAUUGUGGAUCACGAGGCCUGUGGGUGAGUAUGUCCAUUGACUAUAGUUUUAACGCCUCCAAUAUUGUGGCAGAUUGUGGUGCACGUGGUUAUGAUCCAGGUGGUCUUUUUCGAGUUCGAGAUGCGAGUAUGGCUGACUGGAAGGACUUCUGGAGAGUUGGUUGGAGUGGUGAUCUCAAUUAGGUCACAAGAUGCAAUUAUUAUGGCAGACCAUAGAGGUUAACUAAGAAAAAAUUGGGAAAAUCUCUUAUGGUCAGCCUCCCUGAAUAUUGAAGUUUCAGUGGUAUCAUAAGAUGGAGGUUCUUUUCGAGUUUUCUCAAAAGCCAAGGCUGAUAAAUGUUUGCAUCUUUAAUUUAUUAAGCAUAUUAUCCAAACAGAUUUUUUGUUUAGUCUCCUUAAAGGGUCACUGUCUGAGUUGGAGGCAACGUUUUGGUGUCGUCCAGUACCACAGCUGUGUUGUUGUUAGUGGUGGAAGCAAGGCUGCUAUGUCGAUUGGAAUGUUCUGGAUCAGUGGUGAAGGUUUUAGAUCAUUUCUGGAUUGAGUGUGGUAAAAGCUUCACUGGUGGUCAGAAUUAUCAUAAUGUUUUACGAACUCGACACCUGUUUACGCAAUACUUUUGUUAAACUGAAGGGAUAUGCCCUGCAUAAGUCUCGACUGUGUUCUCAGGCCACUUUAUUCUUUUUUCUUAAUUAAUGCUGUAAAUUUUUGCAUAUUCUUUUCUUUAUUAGUUGAUCUAUUUAUUCCCUCCAGAGGAUGAUUUUAAUGCUGUUUGCCUGUUUGCAGGUUCUUGAAGGUGUUAUCAAAUACCGGUGGAAUGCAUUGCCUGUUGAACAACGUGAUGGGAUUAAGAAUUACAUAUCGGAUGUUAUUGUACAGGUACACCACAAUGUUCCAGAUUUUUAUUGUGUUUAACUUUUAAUCAUCUUAUUUUCCUUCAGUGUUUUGUCAUGUGUUAGCACAACGUAGUGAUUCUUAAUGGUGCAUAAACUUAGUUCGUGCUUCUUUUUCUUGUAUUUUUCAGCUUUCCAGUAACGAGGCCUCAUUUCGGCGGGAACGACUCUAUGUCAACAAACUUAACAUUAUACUGGUUCAGGUAAUCAAUUGAGUUGACUCGUCUCAUGUGACUUAAUAAUUACUGGUUACUGCCAGGGCUAGAUAUUAUUUUUAAAAUAUCUGUAAGCUGAGGGAUGGUUUGCAUUUGGAACAUUUUAAAUUGGUUUGUGUUAAGUUGAUAUCUUUCCAUCCUGAAACAUAUUGGUUUUGAGAUUUUUCUAAACUUUCUGACGCAUGAAAGUUAAAAGUCUGAAGUGUGAGGCGAUGAAUUCAUUCAUUGGGUCCUAUUAGCGUCUACCAGGUUGGUCAGUUAAUUAACGAAUAUUCGGCCCCUUAAAUGCAGGUUUUGAAGCAUGAAUGGCCUGCCAGAUGGAAAUCUUUUAUUCCUGAUCUUGUUUCUGCCGCAAAGAGUAGUGAAACGAUAUGUGAAAACUGUAUGGCAAUAUUGAAGGUAAUUUUCUCCGAAUAGAGGUCCCCUAUGUGCUAAAUUUUGGCCCUAUGAAUUAAACUGAGACGCUGCAAAUUUUCCAGCUUCUCAGUGAGGAAGUUUUUGACUUUUCAAGAGGUGAAAUGACACAGCAAAAGAUCAAAGAAUUAAAGCAGUCAUUAAACAGGUAAAUGUGUGGAACACUAAACUGUUGCUGUUUGACUGCCUAGUCCAUUGAUGCUUGUCAAAAUGUUUAUAUAAUCUUUCUAAAAUGAUAUUCUAAGCUUUCUUUAUGUUUUGAUGUAUUUUAUUGUAAUCAUUUGCCUUAUACUCAUGGCAAAUAUUUUUUUUGUGUAAUUUUUUGAUUUAUUUUUAAUUUUUUUACUACUGAUACUUUUGAUCAGGUGGAACUCAGCACUGACGGAAUUUAUUUGAUUGUCCACAGCGAAUUUCAACUUAUUCAUGAGUUGUGCUUAUAUGUUUUGUCGGCAUCACAAAGGGCAGAACUCAUUCGGGCUACGUUGGCAACAUUGCAUGCUUUUUUAUCCUGGAUUCCUCUUGGCUAUAUUUUUGAAUCUCCACUGGUAGGCCUUCAUAUAGGUGUUGGAUUGUUGUUAUUAUGCCAUGUUUGGGCCAUAUGGUCUAAUUGUUUCUGUUAUCAAGUGCUAAUUUAUAUUUUUCCUUUUUUGGCAAUAGCUUGAGACACUCUUGAAAUUCUUUCCCAUGGCAUCGUAUAGGAACCUUACCCUCCAGUGCCUAACUGAGGCAUGUACCUUGUCUUUUUAUAUUACUUUCUUCUUCUGUACUUUAUAUAAGUGAAUCCAACGUUUACAUUUAACUUUGAUGUAUGCAGAUUGCAGCUCUUCAAUUUGGUGACUUUUAUGAUAUGCAGUAUGUUAAUAUGUAUACUGUCUUCAUGAUUCAACUACAGGUAUUUUGCUAAAUAGUUUUUGGACUCUCUUGCAUCAUUUAAAAUUUUUCGGAUAUCAUUUUGGAUGCUUAAAUCUCGAAUUUUCUUUAAGUUGUCUGCUACUGUUGUGAUUUUCAGGUUGUCUUGCCCCCUGGAACAAAUAUUCCAGAUGUUUAUGCAAAUGGAUCUAGUGAAGAGCAGGUGAGGAUUGUUUAUUGCUUGUAAUUCUCUUAUUAAAAAAACUUUUAUGGCAGAUACUAUGUUGGACUACUAUUACACUGUGAGACAUCGACAAGUGUUUGCUGUUAAUUUUAACGUUUCCUCUUUUUCUGACGAUUUUAAUUAUGUAUUAAUGUUUAAUCUGCUUCUUUCAGGCAUUUGUUCAGAAUCUUGCACUAUUUUUUACAUCAUUUUUCAAGGCAAGUUUCCUUAAUGGUAUUUUCUUCAUUUGUGCAUGCGUUCAUUUUAAAAUCUGUUUGUGCAUGCUUUCUAGUGAUAUACGGUUUAUUUUGGAAUGUGGUUUUUCUGACCUCCUAUGUGCUGUUAUUUGGUUUUAGGAAUUUUUUAUUGGACAGUUCAUCCAGUUGUUUCUUUCUUUAGGUUAUGUCUUCAAAUACAUUCAUUUACUCUUCAUCAAUCCGUAAGCUUUCUUAUUUAUGCAGUCCCAUAUUCGAGUGCUUGAAUCCACUGCUGAGAACAGAGCUGCAUUACUGAUGGGCCUUGAAUAUCUGAUCAGUAUCUCAUAUGUUGAUGACACAGAAGUUUUUAAGGUUAGUACAUCCUCUUUUACUUUCAGAUUGUUAAAAUAAUUGAAACCAUGCCUAUUGUUGCAUGAAUUGCAGGUUUCCUUGGAUUAUUGGAACUUGCUGGUUUUAGAGCUAUUCGAAGCACACAACACUAUGGACAAUCCUGCUGCUACGGCAGGCAUGAUGGGACUCCAGGUUAUUAUGGUUUAUCUCAAUAUUGUUAUGAGUAAAAUCCGUGGUUGCAUCUAAUUUUUCUAGUUUCCAAAAUUAUUGAUACUAAAAGCUGAUAUAUAGAUGGAUAAUGUGCUCCAGUUGCUUGAUAAUGCUUUAAUGAUUGAUGGACAGGAUAGAUCGUAGCAUGUCUUGUCUCCAGCAAAUUUUGCUGUUGAAUGAGCAAGACGCUUCAAAACAUUUUCAUACUGAUAGAGUGCGACAGAGGACUAGUUUUCUGAGAUGAUAGAAUAAGGGCUUUCAACUAUGUUCACUGGGUGCACAAAAAACGUACUUACCUCUUGCAGAUUACUCCAGCUAGUACCUUUCCUGCAGCAGUUAUACUUGACUAGAAUUAUGUUUGAACUUUGAGAAGAAGCCACUGGACUUAUGUUGAGUUAUGGGAAGAGCAUGAUUGUGGACUUGAAUGUGGACACUAGGUAGGUAUUAGUUACAGCAUCGUUUUCUCAUGAGGUCGGGUAACCCGUGUCUAACCUAGCUGUGUCACGUACGCCAUGAUCCUUGGUCUGGAAAGAUCUGUAUCUCUUAUCCAAUCACUAGCGUCAUCAGCCUUGUUCAGCGAGCCAACUAUACAUGGGCUGCCACAAUCGUGAGAAGCUAUGGGCAAAUUCUGAAACCAGGUGCAGGAAACCUGUCUAUAGAUCUUUUUUAAUCUUUUUUCUGAGACCCUGGAUUCGAGGGAUGUCACCUGCUGAUGGCUCAUAUCUGGUCUGUGCAUAAGUCACAUAGUCAAUAGUCACAGUUUUUUUAUAAAUCUUAUUUGUUGGGACUAUUGUUGUAGACCAUCUGACUUUCCACAUGAUAUUCCUGGGUAAUCGAAAAACGGGCCUCUUGGAAAGAUCUGUCGCUCUCAGGUACUUUGAUCAAAAAACAUGCACAGAUCAAUCGUAAAAAUGUUUGCCCAUAGUACUUGAUGCUUAUGUCAUUGUCAUGGAAUAAAUGCUCUACAAGAAAUGGAAUUAUAUAAAUGCAAUUUUUUCUGUUUAUCACUCUUUCUCACAGUUAUUUUGCUUAUAACCCGCGUUAUCUCAUUAUAUCCGAAUUCAACAUUACUGAUGUAUUGGAUUCUGUGGUUUCGUAUCUAAAUCUUCUUUCUUUCUUUUUGAUAUCUUAUAUGCCUUUCCAGUUAUUUCCUGAUAUUGAAAUCUGUUGUAUGUUUGUGAUGAGAACUUCGUUUCAGUUAAGGUCCACCGACUAUGUAACAUAAUCCGUUGUUUGUCUUAUUGAUACCAUACACGCUUUAUUCUGUGAAUUCUUAGGUGCCAUUGAUCCCUGGGAUGCCUGAUGGGCUUGGUUCGCAGAUUUUGCAACGCCGACAACUUUAUGCAGGGCCUAUGUCAAAGCUUAGGAUGCUUAUGAUUUGUCGUAUGGCAAAACCUGAAGAAGUCCUUAUUGUAGAAGAUGAGAAUGGAAAUAUUGUACGAGAAACCAUGAAAGAUAAUGAUGUUCUUGUUCAGUAUAAGGUAUUGUUGGAUUUUACUCCUAAAAUUUGACAACUAUUCUGUUGAUUUUGCAUCACGCGUCUUUAUUUUUGAAAGAAGGUGAUUAUGAUGAUAUUUCUCUUUGGAACUUUUAUAGUGACUUAAUUGUUUUCCAUCUGUAUUAAUUGGCAUGUGCGAUAAUAAGAUUAAUUAAUACAACUAUUCCUUUUGUUUUGGGCUUCAGUUGUAAUUCAUGCAUAAAUAUGGAAUUGAAGUAUAUAUGACAUGGUUCUUGUUAAAUCCUUGCGUUUCUCUUUCUUUAUUUAAUAUGGAAUUAAUGUGCGUGGAGUUGUAUUCUCCGUUAGAAAAAGAAUGUUCCUGUCUGUCUACUAACUUUAUGGAUUAAUGAGCUGACUGUAGGACUGCUUGCUGUGGGUUGUAAUCAUGUUAUAGGGGUUAAUUUUGAAUUUUUAGACAGAUAUAAUAACUUAUUACUGGCUGACGUGAUGAACUUUGUGAGAAAUGUCUGAUUUAUACUUGAAUAUGUGGGUAAGGUAUCUUGAUUUUUCAUGUGAUCUUGGGAAUCAUUGAUUCAAACAAGGAUAACACCUAAUUAACCAAAAAAAAAUGUACAUUCCCAAGUAUGGAAUGGGGCGUGUAAGUGGUCACAUUCAACAUGAGAAAUGGAUAAUUAGGGAUGUGUGGAAGGAGUUCAAGUGUUCUAGAUUAUAGUUUGAAUUGUAUGUCACCGUUUGUCAAAGAUAUUUCGGAGCUGUGAUUUUUGGAUGUGCUAUGCUUGUGUUUUUCAUGGUAUAACUGUAUCUAGGGUGGCAAGCCCUGAAGGAACUUUUUUACACUGCUGCUGAAAAUAUCUAUUUUAAACACGUAUGCACUUCGAUAAGAAUGCGCAUCAAUUAGUCUAGUUCAUGUCUUAUUUUCAUGAUUUCCCCAUUCUGUGCUCGUGCAUGCUUAGAUGGGCAUUUCUGCGCUACAUGUAGCAGCAAGAAACAGAUUUUGGGUGACCAUUCAAGCGACAGUAUUUUGUGGUCCACUUGAUUUUCUCUCUUGUUUGUUCCUUUAGAAAAGCUGCCUCCACGUGUCCUUUGCAUUAAAGCGCUGUUGUGCCAUUGUUUCAGUUCAAUUGAGCUCAUGGAACUGCUUGUAACUUUUAUCCUAUAUUUUCUGCUAUGUUUGUGAAUGUGGAGCAAUGGAACCACUUUUCAUUUUUCAUGAUUACUAUUGAGUUAUACUGUGGGGAACCUCGAUGAUGGUUACCUGAAAAGAAAUAUUCCCAGUUCCUUUUAGUUCUCCUAUUCACUGGCGUACCAAGAAUUGUACUUGUCCUACAUUGUUAAGCAUUAUGUGGCAAGCGCGCACCUCGUUAUUUUUUCAAGCCUUGAUUCCAAUGUCUUGCAGAUCAUGAGAGAAACGCUAAUUUACUUGUCACACUUGGACCAUGAGGAUACUGAACAACAGGUAACAACUUUAUUAAUCUUGAAUUUUGUCAUGGUAUAUUUCCCCUCACCAUUGGUGAUGCUCCUAUUUUUCUAAUUAUACCUACAUUUUCUUGUCAUUUCUUUGGUCGCUUACUAAUGAUACUUUCUGACACCUACUUCUGUAUGCAUGUUGAGAAAUUGAUCAUUUAAACUGUGUUUUCUAAUUGCAUAUUUCAGAUGUUGAAGAAAUUGAACAAACAGCUUAGUGGUGAGGAGUGGACGUGGAACAACUUGAAUACUUUGUGCUGGGCAAUUGGAUCAAUAUCUGGAUCUAUGGCUGAGGAACAGGUAUUUACUGGACGUUUUUCUUUUAAUCUGAGCCUUCAUCUCUUAUUUUCAAGUUUCUGUCAGGCUGGGGCCUUUGCACUUUUUUUUUUUUCUGGGGAAGCAACAUGUCUACCUGUUUAUGAACGUAAUGAGCAGAUAUAUUGUAUACCCUAUUUACUAUGUGACGACGAAUUUUUAUCUUCUUUUGCAAUUUGGAUGUUAUUUUCUCUCCUGUUAACAAAGUAUAGCUGACAACGCCUUAUUUAUUUUAUUACGUGGAUAUAUCAGGAAAACAGGUUCUUAGUUAUGGUUAUCCGUGACUUGCUGAACUUAUGUGAAAUCACGAAAGGGAAAGACAACAAAGCAGUUAUUGCUAGUAAUAUCAUGUGAGUAUCGCUGGAGUGAUAAAUUGUGUGUUGCCGUCCUUUUUCUUAUUAUAAUUUUCUUGAAAUUGUCCAGGUAUGUAGUGGGCCAGUAUCCAAGAUUUCUCCGUGCUCAUUGGAAAUUUCUGAAAACAGUUGUCAAUAAAUUGUUUGAGUUUAUGCAUGAAACACAUCCAGGAGUUCAGGUAAUCAUUUCCUUCGAUUUUUACUAGUUAUUGUGCUUGAUGAGCAGUUCCCUCUCUGCCUGCAGUGCCCAUUUAUUAUUCUCAAUUGUCGGUGCUUAUUUUGUCUUAUCUUGAUUUCUAAAUAUGUCACUAUUGUUAUCAGGACAUGGCAUGUGAUACAUUCUUGAAAAUUGUUCAGAAAUGCAAGCGUAAGUUUGUAGUUACACAGGUGAGAAUGCACUUUCAUCGAUUAUUUUCCAUGAUUUUUCCUAGCACAACUUGCAAUCUUCUUUCUAUUGCGAACAAUUAUUUUCCAUGAGAUGGAAUCCAUUAUUUGUAGAAAUGGAUUAUCGUGCAGCAGUUUCGGGAUGUACUCGUCAAUUUUUUGAGUCAAACCAGCUUUGAAACUCGCUAAAAAUUUGAAUUUGGUUGUUGAAAUGUCAGAUUUUUUUCUGCUUAACUUAUCCGAAUUAUUGUUUUGAUCUAAUAUCUUUUUGCGUCGUGAUAAAUUUUAAAUACCUGCUCGGGUUCUCCAGAUUCGCUUAAUUUACUGACCAGCUUAGAUAUAAAUCGGUCAAUGUGUGCCUUCAUGUAAACGGUACAACACAUGAUGUAGAUGGUUUUACUUGCAAAAAUUUCAGGUGGGGGAGAAUGAGCCCUUUGUGUCUGAACUUCUGACUAGCCUUCCUGUAACUGUGGCGGAUCUAGAGCCUCAUCAGAUUCACUCAUUCUAUGAAUCGGUAAAUGACAGCACGCUAAUAUUUAUUGCAAGCUCUACUAUUUUCCCUCCUGCGUGAUGCCCUCUCAUUCUGUCAUGAUUUUGCAGGUUGGGCAUAUGAUUCAGGCUGAAUCCGAUCCUGUCAAGAGGGACGAGUACCUGAAAAGGUUAAUGGAUCUUCCAAACCAGGUUGGGUGACUCACAUUGAACAUUCUGUUAACCCCUUAAAUAGCUACAGUCCGUUUCCUUCCCUAUGCGGUAAGUCUGAAUGAGUGGUGAUGUGAUUGCCUGUUGCUGCAGAAAUGGGCCGAAAUUAUCGGACAAGCAAGUCAGAGAGUUGAUAUCUUGAAGGAUCAGGAUGUUAUAAGGACUGUUUUAAAUAUUCUACAGGUAAUCCAUUAGGCUUGGUCGAAUUUUCUUGUUGAAUUUUCUAACAGAAUAUCUGAAAUAAAGCAUCCAGUGGCUAAGUGAUAUUUUUUUGGCAAAACUUCAAUCUCUGUGUAAAUAAAUUCAUUUUUAUUUUUAAUGCCCAAUAGUACACUAUGAAACUGCUUGCCUGUUCCUUUCGAAUUCGUUUUUCAUUUUUGUAAUGGGUAUUAUGGGUUAUUCCUAUUAAUAAGAAAAAAGCAUUGCGAUCAACAUCGAGAGAGGGUGUUCGUUAUCUGCAGGCUAGAGCAUAUAUGAAGCAUGCAGAUUUUUAUGGCAUUUUGAAGUUAAUAGUGUGCUUGUAUGCGAAUAAAAAUAAUUUAUCUAGUUUUCUUUCAGGCUGCAUCAUGUUCAUGCAAAAAAUGCGUAUUAUGCAUGGUUUCCCCAGAUUCAGAUACCCACCUUGAUGUAGUUUUUACGUUGACUAUCCAUGGCUGUCCAAAUGCCAUCCAAUUAGAAUUUUUACGCUGUGUUUAAUCCAAGAACAAGAGGUCUUUGUUUAAAAGUCGAUGUGCUCGAUGUGACCAAAUAUAAAUCUGUUUGGUUGAUGCGAUUGCGGGGAGUUGACUCGAGAAUAGGAAUGGAUCAUAAUCUCAAUUAGAGGCCAUGAAUUUUAAUAUCAAGACAUCUAAAGUAUGUAGAUCAUAAAGUAGCUGUCAAUAAUCUGUUUCUGGGCGCUGUAAAUCUGUUUCUUCAUACAUAAAACACCAACAUGCAAGUCCUGAAUGUUUUUUAAGCUGAAAUUGAAAUGGUGUCUAGAUCAAAUGAACUGCUAUCCAAUCAUGGAAUAUGUUCUAGAGAAUUCAGAAUAUUACUUAUUAUGUUUUCUUUGGUUUUUGCAGACAAACACCAGUGUUGCUGGCUGUCUUGGCACUUAUUUUUUCCCACAAAUAUCAGUGAUUUUUUUGGACAUGCUGACAGUGUACAGGUAAAACGUUUUUCGUAUUAUGCUCUAGAUAUAACCGUGCCAGCUUUUCAAUUUUUUUGGUAUACUUAGAGAGAGAUAAUGAUCUACUGCCAGAUAAUAAGGUGCAUAAUGAAUUUUUUAAAAUUCUUUAUUUCCGCAGAAUGUAUAGUGAACUUGUUUCAAGUAGUAUAGCAGAAGGAGGCCCCUAUGCUUCAAAAACGUCAUAUGUCAAGCUUCUUCGGUGGGUAACUUAUUAUUUUCUUCAUUUCUUUUCAUGUAUCAUUUGAUUGAGGAGUUGUUGUGUCACUGGUCGUUUGGUUGAACGAAUUUGUCACAGAUCUGUUAAGCGGGAAACACUUAAGUUGAUUGAGACGUUUUUGGAUAAGGCUGAAGACCAGCCACACAUUGGAAAACAGUUUGUGCCUCCAAUGAUGGAUCCUGUUCUUGGUGACUACUCUAGAAAUGUGCCUGAUGCUAGAGAAUCGGAGGUGUUGUCACUGUUCGCGACAAUCAUAAACAAGUAAGUCUUCUGUCAUUUGGUCGUCUUAUUUUCUAUUUCUAUCCUUUGACUUCUCCUCCCGAAGGGUUUACUUUUUGAUAAUUACACCUCAUGGGAAGUGAACUGGAUCUUGUUGUACUGCCUUCAAUUGUGGCCAUUGACUACCAUUUCUCGAGAACAUUAUUAGAAAAUAUCAGUAGCCUUGUUUAUGAAGGUGAGGAUUAAUCUGAAUGCUGAAUUUGUCAAACGGUGGACGUGUUUGAAAAGUUGACUGCGGCGACUCAAUGCCUCAUCAGCUUCCUACUUUCAUAGUGGCAUCGCUAAGGAUUACUUAUAUAUAAAUUCUAUUUUCCAAGACACGCGACCGAAACUAAUUAAAUAAUUACUAGGUUGCAAAUAUAAUAUCUACAAGAGCCUCUGUAUUUUUGUUCAAGCAUAUGGGCAUGCCACGUACUAUUGAAUUGAUAUUCUCAAAUAAUUCGAUGCAUAAUACCUAUGUUUAUAAGCUGGGAAUCCUCCAUAAUUUUGUGAAAUGAACGAAAUAUUUCUCAGAUGGGUUGCAUUUUUCCAAAUGUUUGAUUCUUUUCAUUAAAAGGAUUAUGGCCACGAUUUACUUAUUGCAUUUUUUUCCUUGCUUCCCUCUUGUCUACUGCCGCAGGUACAAGGGUGUUAUGACAGAAGAUGUGCCUAGAAUCUUUGAGGCUGUUUUUGAAUGCACCCUGGAGGUAUAUUACAGUAAAUUUCCCUGCAAAAACCUUGAUAAGGACGUCCAAACAUUGCCUGGGACUGGGCAAAUAAAUACCAUAUGGAUGCCUUUUUGUGCAGAUGAUUACCAAGAAUUUCGAGGAUUAUCCAGAACAUCGUCUCAAAUUCUUUUCAUUACUCAGAGCUAUUGCCACCUACUGUUUUCCAGCAUUAUUUCAGCUGUCCAGUCAGGUUCGUUUGAAGACACUGUUUAUGGAACUGAUAAUGUCUUACACCUUGCAGAAAGAUGCAUCGUACUCAUCUGAAAUACGUCGGCUGUUGAUGUUUUCAGUCAAAUGAGAUAUUCGAAAAGCUUUAUAAUCAUAUAUCUGUCAUUGCAUUCAUAAAGAAUUGAAUGCUGAAUAAUUUAGUCCUUUGAGCUUUUCUCAUCUCUCUCUCUCUCUCUCUCUCUCUCGCUUACUUAUUACAGCAAUUAAAGCUUGUCAUGGAUUCCAUCAACUGGGCAUUCCGGCACACUGAAAGAAACAUUGCCGAGACGGGUCUCAACCUAUUGUUGGAGAUGCUAAAAAAUUUUCAGGUUCAUUCCCUUCCCUUUCCUCUGCUCUUCCAACUUCAUCACACAUCGAACUGUGGCAGUCUCUACGAGGGCACUUAGCCAGAAAAAGUUAAAUUACUGAAAGAUAAACGAUAAACCCUAACUCACUAUCUUCGCUUUGCUUCUUGUGCAGGCCUCAGACUUCUGUAAUCAGUUCCAUAGGACCUACUUCCUGACCAUUGUGCAGGAGAUUUUCGCUGUCUUGACGGACACAUUCCAUAAGCCGGGCUUCAAGCUCCAUGUUCUUAUACUCCAGCAUCUGUUCUGCCUGGUAAUUCUUGUCAAUAUCAUCAUCCUAUCAUCUGAUGUAUGUAUAUAGUUUUUGCUUUAUAUGGGUUAAAAUCCUGGCCAUUCAUCUUCUAGCUGGACUCCAAAUCAUUGACUGAGCCGCUCUACGAGGCGUCGGCUGUUGCCUACCCAUACAGCAGCAAUUCGAUGUUUGUGCGAGAAUACACCAUAAAACUGUUGAGUUCGUCAUUUCCGAACAUGACAAUCGUCGAGGUGAAUGAUCUUCCUCAGAAGUUCGUUCAGUCAGCUGAGUUCAUCUUCUUGAUCUUCUUUUUUUUUUUUUUUCCCCUUUUUGGCAGGUAACCCAGUUUGUUAAUGGCCUCUUCGAGUCGAGAAACGACCUGCCAUCGUUUAAGAAUCACAUCCGGGAUUUCCUCGUACAGUCGAAGGAGUUCUCCGCGCAGGUAGAUUAAUCCGUUUGAGUUAAUAUAAUGAUUUUGCCUCUUUUUCUGCCGUGUUAAGUGUUCAUUUAUUGAGAAAAAUGUUUAUAAUUUUCUUUUUUCCUGUUCUUGAAAAUUCUUCCUGUCAAUUGAUUGAUACGCCAUCUUUUACUCAACUUUGGAAAUCCUUGCCCAGGCAGAUUAAUCUCCUUGAAUAAUUAUAUUCAAUAUGGCUCUUUACCUUUCUUAAUCUCUGUCCAUGGAAGAUCUUUGUGGAUAAGUCUAUAGUUACCAAUCAUUUGCUCUCUCUCUCUCUCUCUCUCUCUCUCUCUCUAAUUUCUAUCGAUAAAGAUUUAUCAAUCUUUUCCUCACCCAAAUCUCCAAGAUCGUCAACUCUCUCUCUCUCUCUCUCUCUCUCUCUCUCUCUCUCUCUUUCUCUCUCUCUCUCUUUCUCUCUAAUUUCCAUCUAUAUAGAUUUAUCAAUCAUUUCCUCACCCAAAUCUCCAAGAUCGUCAACUCUCCUCUCUCUCCAUCUCCCCAUCAAUCUGUCUCUCUCUAUCAAUUUAUCCAUCUCUCAUGAAAGUCUAUAACUCUUUCUUUUCUGGGAAUCAAUCGAUCGAUCCCCACAGGACAACAAGGAGCUGUACGCAGAGGAGGCAGCCGCGCAGAGAGAGAGGGAGCGCCAGCGGAUGCUCAGCAUUCCGGGCCUCAUCGCUCCCAGCGAGCUCCAAGACGAGAUGGUGGACUCGUAG